CCGUAAGGUCACCGGCUUCUACCAUUCCACGUUUACUCAUAGAUGGCUGCAACACUCCGAACCACAUCCCUCAAUCUCUCCGCCAGAGCUUCUCUACCUUCCGUUCGCCGCCGACAUUAUUUUCCGGCCACCCGCUUCCCAUUACCCGGAGAUUACUCGUUCAGAAUCCAACUCAAUCUACCUCUCGCUCGGAAGUACCCCUUCAUAACAGUAACGCCCAUUAGAGCCCAAGCAAAAUCUUAUCGGGGAAAUGGCAGUGAAAAUCAAUUUCCAGAGGUUCCAGCAAAAGAGUACAAUUGGGUUAAACCUAUUUUGAAAUUUGCAUCUGAUAACUUUCUUCCAAUAGCUCUUGUAUGUGGAGUAGCACUAGGAUUGGCAAAUCCCAGCCUUGGUUGUCUUGCAGAUAGAUAUCAUCUAUCCAAGUUCAGCACUUUUGGGAUAUUUAUUAUCUCAGGUCUCACACUCCGCACCGAAGAAGUUGGUGCUGCUGCUGAAGCUUGGCCAGUUGCAUUAUUUGGGCUAGCUUCUAUUUUGUUCCUCACACCUCUGUUUUCAAAGAUUAUUUUGCUGCUCAGGCUUCAACCUCAAGAAUUCAUCACAGGCCUGGCUAUAUUUUGCUGUAUGCCAACAACAUUAUCUAGUGGAGUUGCUCUAACUCGGCUGGCUGGAGGAAAUUCUGCCCUUGCUCUUUCAAUGACAGUGAUAUCAAGUCUUAUAGGGAUUCUGAUUAUACCCUUUUCCAUCUCAAAGCUCGUAGCCACUGGAGUUGGUGUAUCCGUUCCGACUGAGCAGCUGAUGAGAAGCCUUGUCCUCACACUCUUGGUUCCUCUCAUUGUGGGGAAGGUUUUUCGAGAAAUUUUCAAGAGUGUGGCAGACUUUGCUGAUCAAAAUCGUAAGCUCCUGUCAAUGACAAAUUCAAUGCUCCUCAGUUUAGCCCCAUUUAUACAAGUGAGUAGAUCAAGAUCACUGCUCCUACUGGUUAACCCAGCUGUUUUUCUUGUAGCUGUAGUCAUGGGAGCGGUUCUGCAUGCAAUGUUGUUUGCUUUUAAUGCUGUUGCCAUACAAGUUCUCUCCUCCAUCUCUGGUGGUUCUGAAUCAGCUUUUGCAAAGAAGGAAAAUGCCAGCGCCCUCCUACUUGUUGCAAGCCAGAAAACCUUGCCCAUUAUGGUAGCAGUUGCGGAGCAGCUCGGUGGAGGCUUGGGUGAAACUGGUUUACUGGUUCUUCCCUGUGUAGCAGCCCAUUUGAACCAGAUAAUCAUAGAUUCUUUCAUCGUCAACUUUUGGCUACAAAAGGAUCGUGCAACUUACAAUGCAAAGGUGGCCUGAAUUCAGUAAUCAUCACGUCUCUCGUCGAAUUUUAAAGUUUAUACUACAACUUGUAUCAACCACCAAUGACUUGACUUAGUGCUAUCUUUUUCUUACAUUUAGUCUUACAGAAACCAUCAAAAUAUGAAAUGGUCAUUUUUUUCAGAAAAAUGUAGUUUCAGUCAACUUGCUAUAGCCACUUUUUGUAUAUAGCAGGAUUGGAGCUUCUAUAGCUUCUUGUAAUUGGCAUUUGGAGAAUCAUAUAUUGUACAUUGAAUUCAUUAUAAGAGUUCAAGAUGUGUGUGUUU